AGCUCGGACGUUUUGCAGGGACUUUCCCUCACAGUUCUCUCGGAGUGGGUGUCCAUUUUGGCUCUCAUAUUCGGCGGAUGCUGCAGUAAUGCACUUACCCUCGAGCAACUGACGACCCACCAUACACACUCUGGCAACUUGAUCACCUUCGCGCAAUUCGCCACUAUUACUCUCAUCUUCCUACCCCGCUUCGUGUCUUCCGCCGCACUCCCAUUCCUCAUUUCCGAUCGCGCCGUAUAUGCUGCAGUCUCGCUGUUCGUUCACCUCCUGCUGAACAACGCGGCGUUCGCGUAUGCCAUCCCGAUGCCUGUACACAUCAUCUUCCGAAGUGGGGGAUUGAUCGCCAGUCUGCUGCUAAACUGGCUGGUCGUGGGUCGCAGGUACAACGUCAUACAGUUAGCCUCUGUCGCAGUCGUCUCCCUCGGAGUGAUUUUGACUACCGUUUCCGCGGCUGCACCGAAGCGAUCGGGUCCGGGCACCUCGAUGACCGGGACAGAUCCGUCAUUAUACGCUACCGGCGUCGGGAUACUCACGCUAGCGCUCUUCCUGAGUGGCUUGCUCGGAGUGGUACAGGACAGGACGUAUGCACAGUACGGGAGGAAGGAGAACCAGAAGGAGGUUCCACCGUGGCAGGAGGCGCUGUUCUACUUGCAUUUCCUGUCCAUGCCGCUGUUCUUCUUCGCCCGGAGAGACCUGCAGGCGCAGUUUCAUGCGCUGGGCGCGGGUCCCAAGUACAGCGUUCCGCUUCCCAGUGCGGUCCGCAGUGCGUUGGCGGCCGCCUUGCCAGCUUCCGCUCAUCGUGACGACGGCGAAUUGUUGAUCCCGGAGGCGUAUGUCCCACUGGUCCUGAACACGUUGACCCAACUGUUGUGUGUGGCAGGCGUGCAUCGGCUUACAGCACGCGUAUCCUCGCUCACGGUCACACUUGUCUUGGUGGUUCGCAAAGCGGUGUCUCUCCUGAUCAGUGUGUUGCUCUUUCGCGGGGCGGGACAAGAUGUGGCAGGCGGGAGGGCCGUGCUUAUGUGGGCGGGUGCAGCGCUGGUGUUUGCGGGCACGAUGGGUUAUUCGAUA